CGGGCUCAGAAUGGAAUGAUUUUCAAGGGAAAACUAAAACAUUUGUAGAAAAAUUUCAGACUUUUCUCUUUCAUUUUACUGCGUUGAAAAUCAUGGAUAAUAUUUGAUCGAUACAUCACAAUGGCGGAUAAGCCUGUUGCUGAAUCAGACCAAGCCAAACCAGCUCAACCACAAGCACAGCCGGCACCAGCAAAGAAGAAGAAACAGCCACAAGAUUUUGUGUUUGGUAAAAUACUUGGUGAAGGCUCGUACUCCACUGUUCAACUUGCCAGGGAAAUCAGCACUGGAAAGGAAUAUGCAAUGAAAAUUUUAGAAAAACGUCACAUUAUACGAGAAAAGAAAGUCCCCUACGUGUCGCGGGAGAAAGAUGUUUUAAGUCGUUUGUCACAUCCGUUUUUUGUUCAACUCUUUUUUACCUUCCAAGAUAAAGAACGGCUUUAUUACGGGCUAAGUUUAGCACGAAAAGGCGAACUUCUUCCAUAUAUUAACAAGCUUGGUUCCUUCGAUUUGAAAUGUACACAGUUUUAUUCAGCCGAGAUUAUAUCGGCUUUACUACAUUUACAUGGUUUGGGCAUUAUUCAUAGAGAUCUGAAGCCGGAAAAUAUCUUACUCAGUGAAGACAUGCAUAUUAAGAUCACAGAUUUUGGAACUGCGAAAAUUCUUGGCAGUCCAGAGCAAAGUGGAGAAGCCGGACGAAAUUCGUUUGUCGGGACAGCACAAUAUGUUUCUCCGGAAUUACUUACGGACAAAAAAGCUUGCAAAAGCUCUGAUCUAUGGGCAUUAGGGUGUAUUAUUUAUCAACUACUAUCAGGCUUGCCGCCGUUUAGAGCAAGCAAUGAAUAUCAAAUAUUUCAACGAAUAAUCAAACUAGAAUACGAAUUUCCAAAUGGUUUUCCUGAUUGUCCUAAGGGACUCGUGGAACGCCUUUUGGUUUUGGAUCCGACAAAGCGACUCGGCUGCGAUGAAAUGGGAGGAUUUCCUCCCUUACAAGCUGAUCCAUUCUAUGAAGGCAUAAACUGGGAAAAUCUUUCAAAAGAAACUCCCCCGCGCCUUCUUCCAUACCUUCCCGCCACUUGUGCUGAUGAACCAGGGUUUUGGGGGGAAAGCGAGAUCAACUCUCUGAACUCGACUGACAGUGACAUUGACGUGGGUAUUCUGGAGAAUUUGGGGAUAGUUGAAGAAGACGUGCCUGCCCCUUUGAAACGACAGGGUAACACCAUGCUGUCGGAGGAGGAACGCGAAGCAAAGCUACGAAAGCAAAACGAAGAAUCACCAUGGUCAGGUUUCGUUGGCAAUAACCUUAUUUUAAAAACUGGAUUGGUUGACAAAAGAAAGGGGUUGUUUGCCAGAAGAAGGCAGCUGAUACUUACUGAAGGACCUCAUCUCUACUACGUCGAUACUAACGCUAUGGUUUUGAAGGGAGAAAUCCCAUGGACGAAGGAUUUAAAGGUAGAAGCUAAAAAUUUUAGGAUAUUUUUUAUUCAUACGCCAAAUAGGACUUAUUAUCUCGAAGAUCCGGAAGAGAAUGCAGAUGGUUGGGUUGAUACUGUGGAUGAGGUGCACAAAAUGUAUUUUGGAAGUCGUGACGACGCAUCAUGAUUCCAUGACGCUCAUUUUUAUCCCGACUAAAACCGAAAUAUUAUUUUGAUUCGUUCUCCCAUUCGAUCGUUCUCCCCCCCCCGUGUGUUUUACCGAUGAGUCUCCGAGAGCAGGCGGUGGGUCUCGAACACUCUCACAAGCUACAUUGCUAUCAUCAUGAGAAAGUCUUUUUGCCAAUUUUGGGUAAAAAAAUCACCACAGAGUGGUGAUUCGAACGGAAUUUUGGUGGUUGCGUUCAAACGAUUCCGGUACGACCGUCUUAUAAACGGUUUAAAAAGAAAAGCUGAUUGCUGACGUUUGUUUGACCGAUUUUAAUUUGUUGAAUCGAAAUCAUUUCUGACAUAUGGAUUAUAGUCGGUAUAGAAAGAAAAGCAGUGCCACAUUUGCUUGAAUAAUUAAUUGUUCGUUUCAUGAACUGUAGAAGUCAGAAAACUGAAAAACAUCUAUCAGAAGUAAAUUGGUUUCGGGGUAAUUCGACUGUGGUCGUAAUAAUACCAGUGAACUCUAAUACAACUGGAGCGACCACUCCAGGGGGUAGAUUUCGAAUCCAGUACCUUCUGUUUAGUCCUCCUGUUAUGAGCAGAAAUACUUAACACUGAACGAUGAAGUUUCAGAAAUUUAACUAAAAAGAAAAUAUUUAAAGGAAACUUUAAAAGUUAUCGUCUAUAAUUUGAGAAAUAGCAGCCUUGAAGUCUUCAAAUUUCCACACAGAAUAGAAAUUUUUAAUAGCUUCAUUUGGAUGAUAUACAACCCGACUUUGGGGUCCAGUAUCUCAGUCUGAAAACUCGGAAAGAGUGAUGUUGACUUUAGGCAAACGUGGUUAUCGUCUACAGUUAUCGUGUGCAAACAGUUAAAAACCGUGAAUGGCUUUAUGCAGUCAGAGUUUCGUACCGGCAUCGAAUGAACGUAGCCUUGGUCAAUUUUUGAAAUAGUUGUACAUAUUCAUACAAAUUUGUUUAGGUCGAAGAAAUUUGCGUAAUUUUAGUGAAUUGUCAACAAAUAAAUUGUCGAUUUAAGUA